AUGGACCCAUAUGUCUUUGGCUCAGAGUACUUUGAUCUUCUACUGGAUUACAAGUGGCGUCAUCCACGAUUUUUUCAGAAGGGAAAGAGUGGCGAGUAUAGGUGUAAUGCGAAGGAGCGCGCGCGCCAGGUAAUCUUACUCGACCCCUAUUCUGAGAAAUCGUGCGAAUUGCAGCGACGCAGGGUGGAGGCUGUUGAGAGAGGACGGGAUGGUAUUAGUGCGACAGACAAGAGUAACUCAACAGCGCAUGGAGGGAGCAGCAGCUCGCUCGAUGAUAAUCGCUGUGAUCGCAGCGGAGAGGCCCAGUUCAUUCGUGGCGCAACUGGCGCCAAGUGGAGUAACAGUAUGGAGGGUGGUAAUCGAGAGCCGCAGAUCACCGACGAUCCCGAUUACGAAACUGAGUGUGUGGCCGUAUCUGUCGACCCGUGUGAACAUGUUUCAAUGCGCGGUAUAGAUGUUAUGCUUUUGGACGACGGUCUUACGAAAGGCUGGCUGUAUCAGUUUGGGGACAACGAGCUUGAGUUCUACGCUGCCGUAUCGGAGGUCAUUCUAGACCUUCAAGGUAGGGGUCACAAUCUGAAUAAGCUCACAAUGUGGAAGUGA